ACACCUGGCCCACUUUCCUGCAUCUACAUGACCUGAAAGCAAGAUGGCAUCUAAAUUAAAUAACAAAGAAAUUUAAGUAGUGCUUCACAGCUGGUCACCACGAAAUUAUUGUCCAGUAGAAAGAGUUGUUGACUUGACUUAAAACAGGGCGUGUGAAAUUGUUGAUAAACCCCUCCCCUGGGUGGCGGUGACCCUGGUCUACCUCUGCUCGGUCUCUCUCUCACACAUAAUCACGCAGAGAAAGAACAGUAUCUAUUUCCUUUAAUAAGCAGGAAAUCAGCUACGAAUAGGAAUCGAAUUCGGAAUUGUUUCAGGAGGGUUUCGAUCUUGCAAGAUUUGUCAGUUUCCAUGAGCGCUCAAGGAGCCUUACCGUCUUCUUCUUCUUCAAAAUCUGGGUGGAAAUAUGAGGUGUUUCUCAGUUUUAGAGGGGAGGACACCCGUAAAAGUUUUGCGGACCAUCUAUUUCAUGCUUUGGAAAAAAAAGGCAUUGUUACCUUUAGGGACAAUGAAAAGCUUGAGAGAGGAAAAUCUAUUUCAGAAGAGCUCUUGAAAGCCAUUGAAGAAUCGAGACUUGCUAUCAUCAUUUUCUCAGAAAACUAUGCAUCUUCCAGAUGGUGCUUGGAUGAACUUGUCCAUAUUGUUAAAUGCAAGAACGAGAUAGGAUUGGAAGUUGGGCCAGUUUUUUAUCAUGUGAAUCCAUCUGACGUACGACAUCAGAAGGGAACUUUUGCACAAGCCUUUGAUAAACACAAAGAAAGUUUUAAAGAAAGCAUAGAGAAGGUGGAAACUUGGAGAGAUGCUUUGAGAGAGGUGGCUGGCAUCGCUGGUUGGGAUUUACAAGAUAGACAUGAGUCAGAAUUUAUCCAACACAUUAUGAAAGAUAUUAUGAAGAAAUUGAGUCCAGAAUUCUCAAGCUUUACCGAAAACCUUGUAGGAAUAGAUUCUAUCAUGGAAAAAUUGAUCCCUUUGUAUUUAGGUUUAGGGAAUAGGGUUUACAUGUUAGGGAUUUGGGGUAUGGGGGGGCUGGGAAAGACAACUCUUGCUAGAGCUAUUUAUCAUAGGUAUUCUAAAUCCUUUGAAGGUUCUAGUUUUAUUCAGAGUGUUAGGGAAAGAUCAAAACCCUCUUUGCUUGAAAUACAACAACAACUACUUGAAAAUAUUUUGGGGAGUCAUGAAAAGAUAUGGGAUGUUUAUGAAGGAGUUGAAAUAAUUAAGAGAAGGUUACGUCAGAAAAAAGUUCUACUUGUCCUAGAUGAUAUUGAUCACGUGGACCAAUUAGAAAAAUUGGCUGGAAAGCAUGACUGGUUUGGAUUGGGUAGUUGGAUCAUCAUAACAACUAGAGAUGAACGUGUUUUCGUCAAUCAUGAAGGGCUUCAAAUAUAUAAGCCUGAUGGAUUAGAUGGUGAUGAUGCUUCAAAACUUUUUUGUUUGAAAGCCUUCAAACAGGAACAACCCAAAGAAGGUUAUAUGCAGCUCUCUCGGAAUGUUGUAAAAUAUGCUAGUGGCCUUCCAUUAGCUCUUGUUACUCUGGGUUCCUUUUUGGCUAGAAGAACAGUAGAAGAGUGGCAAAGUGCAUUGGAUAGUUUUAAAAAUAUUAAAGGAGAUAUACAUGAUAUACUUGAAAUAAGUUACCAUGGACUAGAGGAAAUGUGGAAGAAUAUAUUUUUGGAUAUUGCAUGUUUUUUUAGAGGGUGGAGGAAAGAUCAAGUAAUAGAGAUAUUAGAGACUUGUGGUUUUAAUGCAAAAAUUGGUAUAAGUGUUCUCGUGGAAAAAUCUCUCCUCACUAUAGAUGACAAUAAAUGUUUGGGGAUGCAUGAUCUACUAGCAGAAAUGGGUCAAAAAAAUAUUUUUUUAAAAUUAGGUGGAAAUCUUGGAAAGCAAAGUCGGUUGUGGCUUGUUAAGGACUUGCUUCAUGUAUUGGAGAACAAUAUGGCAACAGAAGAAAUUCAAGCCAUAGUUGUUGAAGGCUGGAAAGAGGAUUUCAGCCUCGAAGAAAUUUCUGAAGGGUUUUCAAAGAUGUCUAAACUUAGAUUGCUGAUAAUUGAUGGAAUGAUAAUUGAUGGAAUGAAUUCUCUUAAUGACCAAAGACAUCUUGCUCUUCCUAAUAACCUAAGAUAUCUUCAGUGGAAUUUCUGUCCUUUUAAAUGUUUGGCAUCCAGUCACAAACGAAUGGCGUUUGUUCAACUUGUCUUGCAAUGCAGCAAAUUGGAAUAUCUUUGGGAAGGAGUAAUGCGUUCGAACAACUUAAAGUUCAUUGAUCUUAGUUUUUCCAAAAACCUCAUUAGGACACCUGACUUUUCAGGUGUUCCGAUACUUGAGGAACUAAAUCUUUCUAAUUGCGGUCAAUUGGUUGAGAUCCACCCAUCUAUUGGACAACUCAAAAAGCUUAGGUACUUAUGUCUGUUCUGGUGCGCUUCUCUUACCAAUCUUCCCACCAUGUCUGCUGCAAUGAUGCAGUCCCUUAUGGUUCUUGAUCUUUCUCGUUGCUACAAAAUCAGUUCGUUUCCGAAAUUUACGGGAAUUAUGAAAAGCCUAUCGAGACUCAAUUUGGCCUGGACUGCUAUUGAGAAAGUAGAACCCUCAUCAAUCGAGUGUUUGACUGCCCUUGCUUUCUUAGAUCUAAGUCACUGCACACGUCUUGAAUAUCUUCCAAGCAACAUGGAUAAUUUGAAGUCUCUUGAAAUAGUCAAAUUUUCCCAAUGCUCAAAACUAAAAUCGUUGCCAAGGCUUCCAUCAAAUGUAAGACCAAGGCUUCCAUCAAAUGUAAGACAUAUAGAGGCUGAAGGUUUUUCUUUCCUAAACUGGUCGCCAGAAGGGGUCAAACUAAGUAUCUGGUCACAACCUCUCUCCCAAUGGCUUCCAUUUGAUGAGAGCGGCAGUCUAGUGGGAUUUACAAAACUGUUCCAUUUCCUACGGGUGGUGAUGAUGAUGUACAUAUAGUUGAUGAUGAUGGUGUACAUAAAUUCCGUGAUGAUCUACAUAAAUUUGGUGAUGAUUUUAAAGAUGUUGAUAUUUAAUAGAGUUGGUGAUGGUAAUGAUUGACAUGACUGCAAAAGAUGACACCUAAGGGCUGUUAAUACUUGACUAUCUUUUUUUCAUUGGAUGGAUUUCAAUCAAGGCUUAGGCAAUUAGAUGUGUACAUGCAUUUCAAUCAGCCUGACCAUGUUUUAAUAAAUUUGUAUUUGGUUCAUUUACAAUGAUUUGGAAACUUAUUCAAGUGGCAUAUCUGUGCAUCUUGUUUGAAAAUGAAAAUGGAGUGGAAGAUCUACUUUUACAGGGGAUCUAGGUAUAGACAGAUACUGAGGUAUAAGGUUUUACUAACAAUAUUUCUUGUUGGAUGAAUUUCAAGUGAGUUUGGUGCUAAUGGAUUGCAUACAAGGAUUACUUCAGGCAGUGUGUGGGAUGACUGGUGCAUGAAGGGCUUUAUACGGACAAGCUAAUGGGGCAGAGCUAUUCCUUCUGCAUAUGGGAGCUAUUCUUUCGCUUCAUCAUCCCUUCUGCCGGAACGGUUUGGUAAACUCUUUUUUUGUUCUCGGUCAAGAAAAUGGUAGACUUCAUUUUUUGGCUAGACAUAUUAAGUCUCUUAACAUUUUGUUGCAUGCCUAUCAUUAUACUAGGCUUCUAAUUUCUCACUGUAUGCGGCUCAGAAAUUACUUAUUUGUGCUACUAGCCUACUACAUGCCACAUGCAUUUGGAGCCACAGAAAAGUUUUCUCUAAACGUGUUUCCUUACACCUGAACUUAUCUAUGCACUUGGGCUUCAAAUGAUUUGAAAGGUGGAAACCCACAAGCAGCUAAAAUGACUCUCAAGAUUGUAAUGGUUCUUGUAGUUGCAGAGAUGGUUAUCAUAGGCAUGAUUCUCUUCUUUUGCCGCAAUGUUUUGGGCUAUGCCUUCAGCAGAGAGAAGGAAGUUUUGGAUCAUGAUUUGUCUCUCUAUAAUCAUGGAUGGCUUACUAGCAGUACUUUCAGGGGAUUGCUAGAGGAAGUGGCAGGUAGCAUAUAGGAGCCUAUGUCAAUUUUGGGGCAUGUUAUCUGGUUGGGGUUCGAUUAAUCAUCGUUUCGGCCUUUAUUGUACACUGAAGAGGGAAAGGCCUGUAGAGUGGACUAUUGACAUUGUGCAUUGUACAAGCAUUUCUAUUUCUACUUGCUCUUAAAACAAGUUUCACAAAUUGGCAAAAAAAAUAUUGCCAAGAAAAAAAAUCUCCCUCUCUUUAUAACUGGUUUUUCUCACACCAAAAACUACAAUUCAUGUUCAACUUGAUCAUAUAAUACGAAAAUUUGGAAUCUUAUAAUUUUUUUUUGGUAACAACUC